AUGCCAACGUGCCGUGCUGCAGAUCCGUCACGCUCCGUUGCCUCGGGCAGGGGCAGCUUCGGUCGCCGUUCCAACAUUCUAAAUAGCUCUGACGAUGUCGAGUAUCUUCGCGCUGUACGUGCAUUUCCUGGCGAUUGCGGCUCUCUUACGCGUAAGGUCCGUGGAUUUGCACCCUCUGCCACGUUGAGGCAGCAGAUGGUGAUGGAGGUAAUUUAA